ACAACUGAGAGGAAAAAGAACAGGGCUGUUGGGCCUGGCGGGCAAACCUGGGCUGCGGGCUACUGGGCGGGUCCGCGGGGCAGUAUUCAGACCGCUGCGGGGCCCAGGCGCCCGGGGUUCACAUCACAACUCCAGGAGGUGUCUGAGCCAGCGGGCCGGCGAGGAGUAGCGGCCAGUGAGACCCCGCGGGCCAAGACCAUGGGCUGCUUCUUCUCCAAGAGGCGGAAGGCUGAGAAGGAGUCGCAACCGGAGGACGAGGAAGUGCAGCCGAAGCAGUACAGCUGGGACCAGCGCGAGAAGGUUGAUCUGAAAGACUACAUGUUCAGUGGACUGAAGGAUGUAACAGUAGGUCGCUUACCUGGGAAAGUGGCAGGACAACAAUUUCUCAUUCAAGACUGUGAGAACUGUAAUAUCUAUAUUUUUGAUCAUUCUGCUACCGUUACUAUUGAUGACUGUACUAACUGUGUUGUUUUUCUGGGACCCGUGAAAGGCAGCGUGUUUUUCCGGAAUUGCAGAGAUUGUAAGUGCGCAUUAGCCUGCCAACAGUUUCGUGUGCGGGACUGUAGAAAGCUGGAAGUCUUCUUGUGCUGCGCCACUCAGCCCAUUAUUGAGUCUUCCACAAAUAUCAAGUUUAGCUGUUUUCAAUGGUACUACCCUGAAUUAGCUUUCCAGUUCAAAGAUGCCGGGCUCAGUAUCUUCAAUAAUACCUGGAGUAACAUUCAUGACUUUACACCUGUGUCAGGAGAACGCAACUGGAGCCUUCUUCCAGAAGAUGCUGUCGUUCAGGACCAUAUUCCUCUGCCUACUACCGAAGAGCUCAAAGCUGUCCGCGUUUCCACAGAAGCCAGUAGAAGUAUCGUUCCAGUGUCCCGGGGUCAGAGACAGAAGAGCAGUGAUGAGUCAUGCUUAGUGGUAUUAUUUGCUGGUGAUUAUACUAUAGCAAAUGCCAGAAAACUAAUUGAUGAGAUGGUUGCUAAAGGCUUUUUCCUAGUUCAGACAAAGGAGGUGUCAAUGAAAGCCGAAGAUGCUCAAAGGGUUUUUCAUGAAAAAGCACCUGACUUCCUUCCUCUUUUGAACAAAGGUCCUGUUAUUGCCUUGGAGUUCAAUGGAGAUGGCGCUGUAGAAGGAUGUCAACUUAUUGUCAACGAGACAUUCAGGGGGACCAAGAUAUUUGUAUCAGAAAGCAAGGAGACGGCACCUGGAGAUGUAGACAGCUUCUACAAUUUUGCUGAUAUACAGAUGGGAAUAUGAAGUGCAAUGCAGAACCAAGGACUUCGUAUUAAGCCCUUUUCAAUUUGUGUGUUAGCAAUGGCUUUUUUUUUUUAACUGAUGCUAAAAUUGUUAAAGUCAUUUUUAAAAUAAAUUGUUGAAUGCUGCAUCAUUUACAUGAGAUUUGGAAAGAGUUCAUUUUAAAUUAAAUAGUUUUAAUCAGCUUAAAACCCACUUAACCCAGUUCAGUGAGAUUGUAGGUUUUCUCUGCAUAUGAUACUGUUAUUAGAAAACAGAAGUGACUAGCAGUUCAUUAUUUUAAUCCUAAUUAAACGUUCUUUCAAAUCUCUAAUUUACACUUUACUCAGUACUCUAUAAUACUUGUUUGAGAAUAUCUUCCAUUUUCUUUUUUAAUUUAGAAGGAUUUCUUACUAGCUGAUCAGUUAAAAUGAACCUGUGUACAUACAUAUCCAGUUAAAUAUUUGCUUCCUAGUUCCAUAAUAUGGAAAAUGAGAUUUUGUAUACAGAGUUGACAUAAUACUUUGUAAAUUGAAUUUUUUAAUUAAUAGGUAUUUGAUAACCAGUUUUGCAAGUAACUCAUGUUGGUAUAACUGUUUAAAGACUAAACAGUUGUAUGCUUAUUUGAAUAUAUUCCACAUUGUUUAGUUUUUUAAUAAAACUGUUAGAUGACUUUUCUGCUUCCUGGUAGGAAAAGGUAUAUGGAAGAAUGAAACUAUAGAAGCCCAAUCACCAGCAGUUCACAAAGGUGAUUACUGUUUUAUCAACUCUUAUGAGCUAUUAGAAUUAAAACAAAACCUUGCAGCAUUUUUACGUAAGAAAUACUUAAGCAUCUUGAUGAAUUAUGCAGAUUGUUAAGAUGCUAGAUAAAUUCCUAUCAAUCAAUGUUCAAGUCUGAUAAAAAUUAUUUUGGUUGCUUUAAAGCAUUAUUUUCCAAAUCAACCUGAACGUGAUAAUUUACCAGGGGGCAGGAGGGAGCUACUUAUUUAAAAAUCCACAUUCUUGGACCAGUCCUUAGGUACAUCGAUUCAGUGCCCAGGGAAAACUGAUUUGAGAGGGUUGUUGUAACGUAAAGUAAUCAGAAGAUUUUGAUAGGUUGAUCUUGUGAGAAGGGACUGAACCUGCCAUCUACAUCAUGUGCUGUGUGCUUAGUUGCUCAGUUGUGUCUGACCCUUGCAACCCCAUAGACGAUAGCCUGCCAGGUUCCUCCAUCCAUGGCAUUUCCCAAGCAAGAAUGCUGGAGUGGGUUGCCAUUUCCUUCUCCAUACAGAGUAGCUAAUUGGAAGUUAGCUUUCAUAGGUCUAUUUUUAAAUUUAAUUCUAUUUUGAUAAAACUAAGACUGAAAAAAAUCACUUGUAAAAAUUCCUCUUAAAAUUGUAACUAACAAUUUACUUUCAUGUUUGAACUCUUUGUGGAUAUUUUCAGAUUCAUUUACAACUACUGUAUUGUAUGUCCAAUGUUCAGAAAUAAUACAUUAAAAGACUUUUCACUUUAAACUAAUAAGUAAUGUUGACCACCUACCCUGUGCCUCACCUUGUAUUAGCAUCAUAUCAUUUCAGUCUUUUUACAAGAGCAUUCUAUAUUACAUAACCUCUCACUAAAAUAAAAAUGAUUUUAUAAGAUGCAAAUAAAAAUCAGUGAUGGAUUUAAUAUAAUUUUGAUCAUAAUUUACAAAUGAGCUUUGCCAAAUAGCGGUCAGAGGGCAUUAAUUUUUCUCAUAGAUAAGCUAAAUUAAGCAUAUUCUUUCUGAUCAUAAUUAUAUUAUUAAAUCUCAUUAUUCACAGUUUUAAAAAUCAUAAUACUUUUUGUCUUCCAAAAAUAUAGUACAAUGUUAUGCAACGCUAUAGACUGAGUUCUUUAUCUAUGGUAUUUUAGCAAAAACUCAGGAAUAUUACAUAUAAGGCAGAUGCUAAUUUAAAAAUUUCCACUAAAUUUAGUGUCUAUUAACCAAAGCCUAAAAUUUUAUACUCUUCAGUUAGGUAAGAGCUUUUACCCAGAUUUAGUUUGUCUUUUAGGACAGUUUUUGCUUCUGAAUGUUUGAAAAGAUUUUUAAAAAUAAGUAGUACUAUGGUUGUUGUUUCUAUCACCUUAAACCUUGAUUAUGAUUAGUAUUAUACAUUUUAUUUCUGAAUAGCUUUUGGAUUCAUGCAAAUGUAUUAGCAAUGAAAACAGUAAUUUUAUUAAGUUUAUAGAUGUUUGACAUUAUAUUAGCUUAUUUCUCUUGUGUCAAUAGUACUGCUUUUUACUUCUAUAUAUUUAUGUCUAGCUUUUGUAUGUAAUUUAUCUAGUGUUUAUAAAAUGUGAUUUGUAAUAAAUAUUGUCAAAA